AUGGGUGAACCACAGGUCAUGGCGGCGCCAUUUCCAACGCCGCCGCCCUUUUGGAAACAUUUCACCAAGCAGAAUGUUGCGCGCGCGAAGCAGCUGCGAGACGGCGAAACCAUUGACAGCGAGCUCCAAUACUUGAUUCCACCAGAGCCUCCAAGUGAUGGCAAAUACCACAGCUUUGGAGUUCCCAUCAAUCUCCAUGAAGAGCCCGCUACGCUCGAAUCCGCCGGCAUCGAUCAGCUCUAUCCAACGCAUCCCGAUGUGCGCCUCAACCCACAACCGCACCUGAUCAGUCUGGCGCGUUCACUUCUCACCACUUUUCUCUCCCUCACCGGCACAUUGAGCCAGAAUCCAGAGCUCUACGAAGAGACUGUCACGGAUCUGCAGACCAUCACCUACAAUAUGCAUGAUCUCAUCAAUCAGUAUCGUCCCCAUCAGGCUCGCGAGUCUCUCAUUCUUAUCAUGGAGGAGCGGGUGGAGAGGAUGAAGGCGGAGAAUCAGGCUAUAGACGAAUCGAAGGAAAAAUUGGCCAAGUUGCUACAGGGAAUACAAGAGGGCGCUCUGGCGCAAUCAGUCACGGAAAGCUCAUCUGCUGCGGAGAAGACAAUCGCAGAGGAUGUUGCGACUCAGAAGCGGAGAGCCCGACAACAAGCCGCAUGGGUCGCUUUGGAACGCGAAAUGGGUUGA